ACAAGGCACAUGCUUCCCAGGGCAUGAGGACAGUUGGGUGGGGGAGGGAUAGAUACCAUGCUCCCUCCAACCAACUCCCCCAACUACCAUGCCUUGGCAUCGGAUACAGGGGUAUAAAAGCGUGGGUAAUAAUACUUAUGCUGGUAAGUUGCAGUUAUCCUUUUUUCUGGGGAAGAGGGAUAGGAGACACAGAAGGAAGGAGGACAGACAGUCAUACAUACAGGAGUUUGUCAUGAAGGGCCAUACGCAAGAAACACUUGUGAAACAUCAACAGCACCUACAGAGGCAAAGGGAUCUUGUCGCAUACAGGAUGAAGAAGCUAGCAGCUAAGCAGGUUGACUUUACAAAGAAGACCAAUGCACUGAAGGAGAAGAUUAAGAAGAAGUAUGAGGACAUGAAGAGGGUUCUGGAUGAGGACCUGCGGAUCACGCUGACCCAGCUGGACAUGGAGUAUCAAGCCACAGAGUGCACCAUUGAGGACAGAAUAGAGCGCUGCUACCACCUCAGUCAGGAACUUGACCAGGAGAUAGCCCAGCUCAGCACCCAAAUGGAGAAAGAGCAGACAGAUGACAAGGAUGCGGAAACGGAGAGAAGAAUAGCAGAGACGAUGAAGGCUACAGAUCCAGAAUUGCUUCAGGUGGAUGAAUUUAAGAAUGAACAGCUCUUGAGUUUAACCAUCAACCUCCUGCUUUUCAUCCGGUCCCAGGUCCCUGUCACCAAGAAACUCUUUCAGAGCUAUGCCUCUGACGUUGUCCUUGACCCUACCACUGCCCACCCGAAACUUAUAAUUUCCCCUAAGGGUGACUUGGUAGAGUACACGGACACCUGGCAAGAAGUCCCAGAGAACCCCUCACGCUUCGACACCACCCUCAAUGCCAUCAGCCGGCAGGGCUUCCGAGAGGGACGUCACUACUGGGAGGUACAGGUAAGUGGGAAGACCUACUGGGAGAUAGGUCUCACCUACCCAAGCAUCCCACGCAAGGGCCGUGAGGAGGACUGCUGGCUGGGCCGUGGAGACGAGUCUUGGGCAAUGGAGUUCUUUAAUGGGGACUACACAGCAUGGCAUGACAGGGUGGCCCAUGCGCUCCCCGUGGUGGCCGGACAGCACUUCACUCGCAUCGGUAUUUACUCCAGCUUUCCCGGGGGCCUGGUGUGCUUCCUGGGGGCCGACACCAUGACCCCUCUCCACUGUUUCUAUGUCGCCACCUUCACCAAUGUCCUCCACCAGGCUGUGUGCCCCGGGCACGACAAUCAGGGGUCCAAUUGGAAGCCCCUUAAGAUUUGCGAUGCCUCACGCUCUGCCCCUACCCUCUGAUGGAGGACAAAUGCAAUGGGUGGAGGGAAUGGGGGUGGUAUAUCACUUUUGUCAUGUGUUUUUUUUUUGUGUUAUGAACCAUGCACACCAAGUCAGAUUUUUUUUCUGCACACCUGGCAUGACUGUCUGGUGCUGCAAUCUUAUGUCCACUUCCAAUCUAAAAAAGUUUGUGUAUGUGUAAAAAGAAAUGUAUAAAAAAUUCACUGACACCUAUAACAGAUCAGGCUGACUAGCCUAUAUACAUUUCCAGGAGCUUGAAACACCCACCUAAUGUUGAAACAUUUGUUCUAUACCCUUUGGACUUUGUGUGCAGGACUUUAGGCAAAGUUUUCAUUUAGCUAAAUUGAUUUAUUGUAAAUUCAGGAUUAGCAUGUGUAUGCAACGUUUGUACGACACAAAUAACACACUAUUCUUUUUACAAUACAAUUCUUCAUGUUUAAUGCAAUAAAGUAGUGUUUACAUAGUCA